AGGUUAUAGACGCCCCCCUCCAGAACCAGCCCCAUCUCACUCAGCUAGCCUAGCCUGUUAGCUCGUUUUCGGGUGACAGUUAAUUUAAAAAGACCAGAAACAGCGGAGUGAUAUGUAUUCAUAGCGGAGUGAUAUGUCUUCAUAGCGGAUGUACACCUCAACGGCCCGGACCGAGGGGCGGAGACCAAAGGAACUAUAUUAUUGACGGUUAUCGACAUUAGCCUAGCCUAGCCUAGCCUCCUAGCCUAGCUCCGCGCAGCGUGUCUCCUCCGCUCCGGGUUUCUCUCUCCGACCGGAGUUCAUCACGCGCGUUCUCGCGCACACGCGUCCCAUUUAUAUUGUUAUUAAAUCACCUGUUACGCGCGUGCGCGCGGGAGCUGCGACCUCCACGUUUAUCACGCUGCUCGGCUCAGGGCUGCCUCUUGAGGACAGUGGGGGCUCUCGAAUGAUCCCCCCCUUCAUCCGAUGAACCCCCACUCCAUGAAACCUUCCCUGCCUCCCAAUCCUCAAAGCGGCGACGGCCCCUUCCUGAAUGACCCAGUUUCCUGGCAACCAGGAGCCAAUCAGCACCCAGGAUCCCUCUCUGUCGUCACCACAGUGUGGGGCGUGACCAAUCCCACGCACAGCCAGGUGUUUGGUGCACCCAUGGGUCCGGGCGACAGCUCCGGCAGUCACAUGAUGCCCGGCGGCGGCCCCGGCAUGGGCCCCCAGUACAUGGGCCAGUCGUAUGGAGACGCCAUGUCCAAGGUCCAGCCUGGCCGUACGGCGGCGCCACUCAUGGCUGGGCCCAUGAAGCUGGGGAGGUACCACUACUUGAUGAAGCUAAGGGGAGCUCUCGCCCACGGCUCUGACUCACCUGUCCCACUCACCUCUUUGACUCCGCCCCCCUGCAGUUACUCUGGUAGCGGUGGAGGUGCCACUGCAACCGCCACCGCCACGGCAACCGUAGCAGCAAUACAAGAGAAACAGAACCAGGAGCUGAACUAUGGCCAGAUGGGUGGAGCAUCCUCUUACAGCACCCAGUUCCUGUCUCAUGCGGGCCCCCGCGGUCCCCCGGGGAUGGUCUCUUCCAGACCCGGACCUCCCCCUUCCAGCGGAGGCCUGUAUCCGACCCACCCGGCCCAGGCUCAGAAGAUGCCCCAGCACGGAGGUUACCCCGGCCCACAGCAGGGCCUCAAGCGGCCUUUUCACUCGGAGGGUUUCCCGGUGCAGCAGUACGGGUCUGGGGGGAUGUCGGGGUACCCCACGCAGCCCCUGCAGUACCCCUCUGGUCCACAGCAGCGAUGUGCCACCUCCCCCUCUUACCCCUCCAGCCGGAUGCCUCUCAUGGGGCAGAACACCUCCGGCCCGGGGCAGUUCCCCCCCGGAGCGGGCCAGCCCAACCCGCCCCAGUACUAUAAGUCGGAGCCGUUCAACGGUCAGGGCAGCCUCCCCUCUGGGGGGCCGGGGGGCUACAACACCUUCACACAGGCGGCCGCCAGCGGGCCGGGUCGGGGGGGCGUGAUGCCCGGGUACCCCAGCUCGCCGAUGGGAGGGAAUCCCACGCCGCCGAUGACGCCCGGGACGUCCAAACCCCCGUACCUGUCCCCGGGCCAGGACAGCAAGCCCCCGGGCCAGGACAGCAAGCCCCCCUACCUGCCCCAGGACACCAAGCCCAACAUCAACCCCCAGCAGGUGUCCACAGGAAACCCGAGCGACGACCUGCGCCUGACGUUCCCGGUGCGGGACGGCGUGGUGCUGGAGCCGUUCAGGCUGGAGCACAACCUGGCGGUCAGUAACCACGCCUUCCAGCUGAGGGACUCCGUCUACAAGACGCUCAUGUUGAGGCCGGACCUGGAGCUGCAGUUUAAGUGUUACCACCACGAGGACCGGCAGAUGAACACCAACUGGCCGGCGUCUGUUCAAGUGAGCGUAAACGCGACUCCUCUGUGCAUCGAGCGAGGCGACAACAAGACGUCGCACAAGCCGCUGUACCUGAAGCCCGUCUGCCAACCGGGUCGCAACACGGUCCAGAUCACCGUCACCGCCUGCUGCUGUUCCCACCUGUUCGUGCUGCAGCUGGUCCACCGGCCGUCGGUGCGCUCGGUGCUGCAGGGUCUGAUGAAGAAGAGGCUGCUGCCGGCCGAGCACUGCAUCACCAAGAUCAAGAGGAACUUCAGCAGCGGGACCAUUCCCGGGCUCAACGGAGAGGACGGCGUGGAGCAGACCGCCAUCAAGGUUUCCCUGAAAUGCCCGAUCACCUUCAGACGCAUCCAGCUGCCGGCCAGGGGCCACGACUGCAGACACAUACAGUGCUUCGACCUGGAGUCGUACCUGCAGCUAAACUGUGAAAGAGGAACCUGGAGAUGUCCGGUGUGCAAUAAGACGGCGCUGCUGGAGGGUCUGGAGGUGGACCAGUACAUGCUGGGGAUCCUGGUCUACAUCCAGAACUCCGACUACGAGGAGAUCACCAUCGACCCGGUGUGCGGCUGGCGGCCGGUGCCGGUGAAGCCGGACCUCAUCAAGGAGGAGCCCGACGGCCCGGUGCUGAAGCGCUGCCGCACCGUCAGCCCGAGUCACAUGGUGCUGCCCAACGUCAUGGAGAUGAUCGCCGCCCUGGGCCCGGCAGCCUCGCCCUACCACAGCCUCACCGGCAGGAACACGCCCGACUGCAACAGGCCCGGGAGUCAGGGGUUCUCCAGCCAGUCCGGGUUCUCAGACUUCCCCGUGACCCCCGGGACCCCGACCCUGGGGGACUACCCGUCCUCUGGGCCCCCGCUGCCCUACCAGCCCGAGCAGUCGUCUCACUCCAGGCAGAUCGAACACGCCCACAGCAUCCUGCAGCACGGCGGCCUCUGUGACGCCGGCAGCCCGCUGCCGCAGCGCGGCGCCACUACCCAGAAUGCCCGGCUGCAGGGCGAGGGCCCCUUCGCCCUGGGGGGCCCCGGGGGCCCCGGAGGGGAGGGCGCCGAUCACGCACUAGACCUUCUUCCUGAGCUGACCAACCCCGAUGAGCUGCUGUCCUACCUGGGCCCCCCUGAUCUGCCUAGCAACAGCAGCGACGACCUGCUGUCUCUGUUCGAGAACAACUGACCGCCGUAGCCCCGCCCCCAUCGGUUGAAGACGACGCCGUCGGCACCCACUUCCUGUGUGCGUGUGUGUGUUUGUUUUUCCUUAUUGUUUGUGUCCUGCUUGACUUUGAUGACGAGCCAAUCAGAACUCUGCAGACCAGCAUCGUCCACUAAGCACAAGCGCCCGGCGGGAGGUCUUCACUCGACGCCGGGUCCCAAACUCUCUUUCUUUUUGUGUUCUGCACACGCACAUUCCUGCAGAUCUGCGUCUCGCCCGUUUACCUCGAGACAAACAAUCAUCGACAUGGAGAAGCUCCCCGCGUGGGAACCGGUGCUUUCAAAGUAAAGGUCCUGUUGUUUUAUUCUUUAGACUCGUUAUUAAUCCCAUGAAAAGAGUUUAAACGUCCUCCUUUUCUUUCCCUCGCCUCUGUCCACAACUCACGUUUCAAAUUAAAAGCACCGACGCUCCUUUUUAAUAUUAUAUAUAUAUAUAUAUAUAUAUAUAUAUAAAUCAGGCUUUUUGUGAAAUGUUCGUCGAAGAUUGGAAAUACGGUUUAACGCUUUUCUUUUUUUUUUAUGUAAAAUAUUCCCGUUGUGUGAAAGAGUGACACAAACAAUGCAGCUUGAGAAUUAUAUAUAUAUAUAUAUAUAUAUAGAUGUGUGUGUGUAUAUAUAUAUAUAUAUUUACAUAAAGAAACUAAAUGUGCGCGAAGGAUUCUGUCCUUUUGUUUUGUUGCGAGUGGAGAAGGAGGCGAGGAGGGAGGAGUCAAGGGAACAGACAAUAGGGACUAUUUACAGCGGCGGAUGAAUCCAUAUGUUGUGCUCUUGUGAGUAUUUGUACAUAAAACCUUUUUUUAAAUGUAUAAAAUGAAAUCUGGAUCCUCAUUUAAACCUUUAAGGAUUCAGGUUCAGGGGUUCAGCGACAUUUGGGCUCAAUGAUUAAAAUACGUCAGUCUGUUUUUAUUCUAUUUUUAAUCAAACUAUUGGUUAAAUUGAAGUUGUCCGCCCUAAUUGAAAUGUUUUGGGUUUUUUAAGGUGUAAAUUAUGGGAUGGCGGCGUGUUAUCACAUCUCACUUUUACAUCAGUAAAUGACUCGAUGACGUCGUGUUCGUUAUUUUAAGCGCUCGUCGGGACUACUUUCAGCGGCGGAUGAAUCUUUUCGUGAGAUUAACAGAACAAUGCAGAUUAAUGUACGCUAAGGGCGGCGGUCACUUAACCUUUUGUUUCUCCGAAAAACAAACAAAUGUACAAAAGACUUUAUUUCCUUUUCCUUUAUUUUAAAUAUGAAGUUCGGGAGCGCUGUGAAAUAUAUAUUUAUAUAUAUAUUAGAAAAGACUCCCUCUUCUCGUGUCCUCGAGCAUCCUGUAAAUGUCGUUUCUCGAACGCUUUUAUUCGUGCUUUGAAGUCGCCGGCCGUGUAAUCGGCUAUUUUCAUUGGACGACGUGUGUCCAAUGAGCGGUCACCGUGUUAGUGUCAUUUAGUUGGGUCAUGUUGGCGCUGUAUACAUAAUGUAUGUUAUAGAAAUUAUAAAGCAAUUGUAAAAAGUCCUCGCGCCGCCCGGCGGUCGUGAUGCGGUUGCCGGGUGGAGGGAUACACGCCCAACUUUUUAAAGAUGUGUGUUUUUGUCUGUGAAUGAUUUACCAACACGACGACAACGUAAUGACGUCAUUGUUAUUAUUAUCAUUAUAUUUGGGAGUUACGGACUAUUUAACUGCAAAUUUACUCGGAAAAAAAAGGAAGAAAACAGUUUUUUAACAUGUAAACUAUUCCACAUAUUUUGUAACGCAUUGUAAUUGCCAUUAUUUUCUAUUUAUUUUGUAAUCAUACUCGUCGUUGUACCUGCAGUUACCUUGUCCAUAAUUAAAAAUCACUUUAUUUGACAACAAUACUUUUGUUGUGGAGCUUCUGGUGUUUUUAAGUAUUUAAUACGUAUUUAUGUUGAAGUUUUCAUUCAGACUGUCGCAUAAAAUCAAACUUUAUACCAUU